AGGAGAUGUUUUUACUUAGAGAUUUAAAGAUGGUGAGAGUUCUAGGAGAAGGUUCCUACGGGAGAGUAUUCCUUGUUUCGUUCGAUGGUCUUGCCGGGCUGAAGAUGAAGAAGCUUUAUGCACUUAAGAUAAUGAGCAAAUCGCAAAUUCUUCACAGCAACCAACUAUUGCACGUAUAUAAUGAAAAGGCAGUAAUGCUGAGCUUAUAUUCGUCUUUCUUUGUUCGGCUGUAUAGCACGUUUCAAGACAAAAGAUAUCUUUUUAUGGUUAUGGAGUAUGUUCCUGGAGGAGAGCUUUUCUCUUUUAUGAAAGAAAUUAUUAAGUUUACUGUAAAACAAGCAAGAUUCUAUAUUGCGGAAAUACUUGUUGCACUGGAAACCCUGCAUGGGCUGGGGAUUAUUUACCGAGAUUUAAAGCCAGAGAAUGUUCUACUUGACCGGGAGGGGCAUAUAAAGCUUGCAGACUUUGGGUUUUCCAAAAAGCUAUACCAGCCGCUUACAUGGACACUUUGCGGAACACCAGAGUAUCUGGCUCCCGAGAUUGUAAUGAACAUAGGGCAUGGUUUUGAGGUAGACUUCUGGUCGCUUGGUGUUAUUUUGUAUGAAAUGAUAGUGGGGCAGCCGCCAUUUUACCACGAAAACCAAGUUGAACUGUGUAGGCUUAUUAUCCGUGGCAAUAUUAAGUUUCCAGCAUUUGUGGACCCAGUGUCUAAAGACCUCAUAAAACAGCUUUUGCAGACAGACAGGAGGAAGAGACUAGGCUAUAAAAAGGGAGUAAAGAUGAUAUGCAGACAUUCUUUCUUUAGGGAGAUAAACUGGACAAUUGUUCAGAGCCGAAGCUACACUCCCCCAAUAAUUCCUGUUACCAAUGAGGAAAAUGACAGAAAGGACAAUCCUGCGGGCUGUUCGAUUCAGUCCCACAUAAUGGGAAUGGAGAACGACCUGCCUGUUAUGGACCAGUUGUUUGACCAAUACUAACUAAUACCAAGGAAGGCAUUGCCUUCUUAUUAAUGUGCAGUUUACCUAUCCACUGCCUUUACUAUUCAAAAAUUACUGGAAUCUUGGUGUCAAAAUGUUACAAAUCAUACCACACACAUAUCUAUUAUUCAUUUCUUCAUGUGCUUUACAUGGAAGUGAUUCAGCAGAUGCCAAGUGUCCAUACGUCAAUAAAUAGUAAUUAUGCCAA